AUGCAGAUUUUUGCCAAGCUGCCGGACGGCGGCACGGAGCCGCCCUCCUGGGCGCUGGUGGAGCUGCAGGGCGACCUCGAGUCGCGGUCGGCCACCUCGCUGGCCGGCCAGCUGAUCGGCGACCUGCACUUCACGCGACAGGGCGCACCCGUGCUCAUCGUCGGCCACCACAUCCUCUGGGGCAAGGUGACCGCCCUCGAGAAGCCGCUGCUGGUCAUGCGCAAACGGGAUGACCUGACGCCUGCCGCGGCAGAAUCAGACGCCAUGGAAACGGAUGCUGAGCCGGAGAGCCGCUACCACGUGCAGGCCAUCGUCCGAAACAAGAUCCUGUUCAAGAGUCGACCCAAACCCAUCAUCGCUAACGUGCCAAAGAAGAUCUGA